AUGAUGACCUGGUGUGGGUUGGUUAUCACAUCACUAUCAUUUGUGUCGUUCAGGUUUCAAAAGACAGUAAUUGCUAAUACACAAGACAUUAUAUAUAUCUCUCAGGGAUUCACCUCAAGAUCAUUUGGCAGUCUUUCAUCCUCAUCAUUGAGGACCUCUGUCAAGUCUUCUGUCUCAGUGUCAACCCCAUACAGCUUCACUGCCUCGACAUCAACCAUCAACAACGACCAGCAGUCAUGUCUGUUCAACAACAACAACACCAUUCAGAAGCGUUCUUAUAGCUCAGCUGAGGGUGAUAUCAUCAAGGUUCCAUCAAUGGGUGACUCCAUCUCUGAGGGUACCAUUGUCUCAUGGGCAAAGAAUGUCGGAGAUUCAGUCAAGGUCGAUGAUGUCCUCUGCAGCAUUGAGACAGACAAGGUCACAAUCGAUAUCAACGCUCAGGACAGCGGAGUCUUGACCGAGCAGUUUGCUUCCAAUGGUCAGAACGUCUUGGUCGGCACACCACUGUACAGAAUCAAGAAGGGUGCUGUUGCCGCCGAGGCUCCAAAGGCCGCUGCCCCAGCUCCAAAGGCUGCCGAGGCUCCAAAGGCCGCCGCUCCAGCUCCAAAGGCUGCUGAGGCUCCAAAGGCUGCCCCCGCUGCUGCCCCAGCCCCAAAGGCUGCCCCCGUCGAGGCACCAAAGACCGUUGCUCCAAAGACAGGUGACGCCCCAAGCGAGCGUAGAGUCAAGAUGACACGUAUUAGACAGAGAACAGCUCAGCGUUUGAAGGACUCUCAGAACACAGCCGCUAUGUUGACCACUUUCAACGAGGUUGACAUGUCAUCUCUGAUGGAGUUGAGAACAAAGUACAAGGAUGAGUUCAACGAGAAGCACGGCGUCAAGCUCGGAUUCAUGAGCGCUUUCGUUAAGGCCUCCACGAUUGCCCUCAGGGAUCAACCCAUCGUCAACGCCUCUAUUGACGACUCCGACAUUGUCUACCACGACAACAUUAACAUCAACGUUGCCGUUGCUGCCCCACGUGGACUGCAGGUGCCAGUGAUCAAGAACUGUCAGAACAUGGGCUUUGCCGAUAUCGAGAAGGAGAUUGGCCGUCUUGGUGGUCUCGCCAGAAACGACCAGUUGGCCAUUGAGGACUCUAUGGGAGGCACGUUCACCAUCUCCAACGGAGGUGUCUACGGAUCCAUGUUUGGUACACCAAUCAUCAACCCACCACAAUCAGCCAUUCUUGGAAUGCACGCCGUCAAGGACCGUCCAACCGUUGUCAACGGACAGGUGGUCAUCAGACCAAUCAUGUACUUGGCCCUCACCUACGACCACAGAAUCAUCGAUGGUAGAGAGGCUGUCACCUUCCUCAAGAAGAUCAAGGACGUCAUCGAGGAUCCACAGAGAUUAUUGUUGGAUAUCUAA